AUGGACCGCAGCCCAGGCCACCAUCAGCGAGCUGGCCGUUGGGGAUUUCAUGGUCGUGGAGGGACCAGAAGCGAAUACCAAGCCAACUCCGGUGAUUCCAGUGAGCAUCUGUACCAGGACUAUCCCACGCUGAUGCCGUCUUCAAAUACACAAGAUGCGACUAGCACUCCUGAGCCGGGAACCACUAUGCCCUCUGAUGCACCGAACACACCAAUCAAACAACAGUCAUUCUUCCUCUUGAAUGAUAAUCAGAUCAAUAAGACCUUCAUUUCUCGUUCCAGUCCACUCUCAAGCCCAUCCAAGCCGAUCUCACGGUCGUCUCCCUCCUCGAGGACGCAUAGCCUGCAGCAACGCCCCAUCUCUGCUAGUCACAAUGCUAGAGCGAGGCCGGUGAUCAGAGGGGGAGAGAAGCAUUGGGUCUAUCAGCAAGAAGCAAAAAUCAAAAUCUAUGGCCUGCCCAAGACCCAGUGGACAAGAGAUGUUUAUCUAGCGCUGUCUCGGUAUGGUAAUGUAUUCAGGAUUGAGAUGCAGCUAGGAUCAUACGACAACAACGCCUGGGUCAUUUUCCAACCUCCUCCCUUCAAGACUCUCCCCGACAAGCGUAUACAAGUUGGUAACACAUGGUUGAAAUAUGACUUUGUACAGCCCCUUUUCAAUUCAAUUCAAAGUCCUGUUAAUCCGUCGAUACGCUAUUACGAAUUCAACAUACUACCAGCGAAAGCAAUUACUUUUGGACCUAGAGUUGCAGACAUGGGCAUGAUUGCCAUGCAGACCAUCAACUCGUCUCAAGGCAUAUCAUUGAUGCUGAAUCUACAACGGAAAGAGUUGGAUCUGCAAUUUGCAUUCGAAGUUGACGGACGCACCCGGAGGUAUCGAUUCAGACUACCCAUUGCCCUAAUCUCGCAAAUCUACAAGAUUGAUGGCAAAUACACGGGUGAGACCAACUUGGUCAUUCCAUUCGAUUCCCCGCCACAGUUCUUCGUUCAACGUGAGGAGGGCGAACAACUAAAGGACGGUACUGUUAACACAAGUUUUUCGAAGAAUGAGAGAAUCUGGAAUGAAUGGAACACUUGGUUUCGCGUAACAGAUAUUAUGACUAGCGAAAUUUGCGAGCGCUUAAGGAAAGCGCCUCUGAUGAAACACAAGGACACAGCCCUUAUCGAUUUGGGUAAGCACAGGGGAAUAUGA